AUGUGGAUGCGGCUCAAAGUCCAGCGCGAAGGCAGCCAAAUCCUCGCCAACCAGACGAGCACAUCAUUCGCCCACGAACCCGACCCUGUCGACGACCCGCACCCGCUUCGAUCCCCUACGCCGGCCACGGGCGGGAUGCAGAUGUCGGAGGGGCUAAAUGGCAACUCGUUCAUGCUGCCACCCGGCGCAGUGUCUUAUCCCACACAGCAAGGCGACCCAUCGGCCGUGUUUAUGCAAGCUGCCGGCCCCUUCCAAAACGGCUUUCAACCACCAGUCCAGGCCAGCUCUAUGUACGGAGUCCAGACCAAUGGGUUCAAUCCCUACUACAGUCCCGCCUUGGAUAUGUCGCUGUCCCUCGGCCAGGUACCACAGCCCACAGACAGCCUCGGCAACUUAAAUCUCGGUAUGGGACAGCCCGUGAACGGCGCAGACAUGUCCAGCUUCGACAGCCUCCCGCUCCAGGAAGCACGAGUGGACGCGCCGAAGCGCUCGUGCUGUUCGGGGAAGCCGCCGCAGACGCCAGCUCAGUCUCCAGGACACACACCUAACUCGAGUCUCAACUCGCUUACCAGCAACAUCGGGACUGCAAAUUCGGUCCACUUUUCCGCCUCGACCCCAAUGUCCUCUAGCUAUUCAUCGCAGCACUUGAUGCUGAAAUCCGAAAGUACCGACGGCAGUCUGCAGUCAUUGCCUCUGAAUAGUGUGCCACUGGUGCAGGCCGGCAUGAAGGCAAACGGAAUAGACAGCCAUCAACCAGACAGCUCGUUUUCCCUGGCACAGGCUGCUGAUUCUGUCAGUGGUCCGAUGAUGCUGCCUUCAGACCCGAUGUACAGCGGCUUUACCAAUAGCAACGGCACGCCCGUCUGGUACAAGUACAACCCAGGAUAUGGCACGAUGACGGCACCGCUGCAGCCAUCACAAUGGCCGGCAGGCCUGUCGGUAGCGGCCAAUCCAGCGUUAAUUGAAGGCCAUUUGCAGUUUAGAGAACCGCCAUUGCCGACAUCGACACACCCCGUUGCCGCCGAGGAGACUGGUGCAGAAUCGCAUAUGUGUGCUUGCGGUGACGACUGCGAGUGUAUUGGUUGCGUGGCACAUCCGUACAACAGCGCAACGCAAAACACAGUCCAAGCAGCGUGGUCUACUAUGACGAUGGACGAAGCCACCAGCGGUCGACGCUCAACGAAGCAAGCCACAGUAGCGCCUGGGACAAUAGUAUUGCCGGUGUUGGGCUCAGCAGCGCAGCAACAACCAAGCACAGAUGGGUCUUCUCCACAGCAGCACACACCUUCGGACACGUCAGGAGUGGGCGAGGAUCAGGUAUCCUUGUCGGCAGACGACUACUUCUUUGUCAGCUACUCGGUGAUGGGCUGCAGCGGUGAGGGCCUGACGUGUCCUUGUGGCGAAGACUGCGAGUGCGUUGGCUGCACCAUCCAUAACAAUACGGAGAGUGGACGGCAAUAG